CAAGGCUUUGCUUUACUUUCUAUGCCAAGCAACCUAACUUUGUUGUUUCAGGUUGCGUGCGCCAUGCUCUAAUUCCUCUCUUCUUUUGGUAAUGUUAGGCCAAAGAGAAUCUCACUAGUUUCAUCGAUCACUGCCACUUCUGAAAAUGCCCCUCUUCACUUCUCCUUAAAAAGAGGAAAGACACCAAGCGUGUGAAUAAAAAAGCAAAGCUAGUCAAGUCAACAAUUCCAUCCAUCUCUACCUUUUGCUUUGCCUUUGAAUGUGUUAUUCUCUUUUCUCUUGGUUCUUCUUCAGAUAUCAAAAGGUUCAACUUCAACUACUCGUUUUGUUUCAACUUUCAAAACAGAAGCAGAAGCUUGGUUGUAAGAAAGGAGCAUAAUUGCAAGCAAGAUGUGGCAAAGAAACCAUAAGUCUUCAGAGGAGAGGAAGUUGGAGCUUAGGCUAGGUCCACCUGGUGAAGAGUCUCCCAAUGAAAGCAUCAAAAAAUGCAACAGGGAAAGAAAUGAAUCAUCACUCACUCUUGGUUACUUCUCAACUCAAAAAAUUUCCUCUUCUGACAAGCCAGGUCCAGGUGGGGCUAUGUUGCCCUCUGCAUGGCCUUCCACAUCCUACCACCAACACCAGCCUAAAGCCAAAGCUUCAUUUCUUCAGCUCCAAUCAUGCCCCAAAAACAUGAUAGUGAUGGGAAAGGAUGUGCCACAACUCUGUUGUGUGGAGAACAAGACAUUCUCACCCUCUUCUGCAAAUACAGCUGUGUCCAAAAGAACGGCUUCUGGUCCAGUAGUGGGUUGGCCUCCAAUUCGUUCCUUCAGGAAGAACAUUGCAAGUGGAAGCACUUCUAAGCUGCCUUCUGGGUCCCACCAACAUCAACAUGUUGUUAAGGACAAGGUUGCUGGCAAGAACUCUGGUAAAGGCUUGUUUGUGAAGAUCAAUAUGGACGGUGUUCCCAUUGGAAGAAAAGUGGACAUCAAUGCUUAUGACAGCUAUGAAAAACUUUCCUCUGCUGUUGAUGAGCUCUUUAGAGGCCUCCUAGUAGAGUUAAAUUUAUCUCACGUUGGCUCUUCUAGCUGCUAUUCUGGUCAAAGAGAUUCCUGUGCUGGUGGAAAUCAAAACAAGGAAGAGGAAAAGAAAGCCAAUACGGGUUUAUUGGUUGGAAGUGGGGAAUAUACUCUUGUUUAUGAGGAUAAUGAAGGAGACAGGAUGCUUGUAGGAGAUGUACCGUGGCACAUGUUUGUGUCGACAGUGAAGAGGGUGAGGGUGUUGAAGAGAUCUGAUCUUCCUGCUUUUACCCAUAGUAGUAAGCAAAACUAGCUACACCACUUGACUUGACAAUAAGGAGAAGUGAAAGAUGAGGUUGUUUGAGGUCUUCUUCCAUGACGAAAGUUGAAGAGUGUUUUUAUUUGACAUUUUGGUUUCGAUCAAGCAAUGAAAUGUUCAGUUUAUAAGUAAUGUUUGUAUGAGGUUGUUGUUUUUAGUGAAGUUUCCAAUUGUUUCUCUCUUAAAAAAUAGGGUAAGAAAAACUUGAUAGAUGUGUCCACUCAUGAUUUUCUCAUUAACAUUUUGCGUUUUGAUUAACCUGUUUUUUUUUGUUGAA